GUCAUGUCGCUCUCUUUUCAGUGCAGCUGCUUUCUCUAGUCACUGUAGUGAAGUACUGAAGGACUGGGUGCUUUAAAGAGGGUGACUGUUGGAAAAUAGUAUAUUUUGUAGACAUCCCAAAACAGUGCACUUAUGAAGGUGUUGAGUGGCCACGUUAUGACAAAAUCACAGGCUGGAGAAAGCAUGGACCUUUUGAUCAUGCCAGCUUCAGUUCAUUUGAAUAUGGGACUCCCCGUACUUCAGCAGGCAGGUGACAGCAAGUUUGUCAACACCUCCCACACUGAAAAUAUCAACCAAAAGCGUUGGAAAAACAUUUUUCAACGUGUGCUGAAAAAGAAAAUGGAUUCUGCUUGCACUUGUCAGUGUCAAAAUAAAGCACUUUUUGGACAAGCCUUGUCCGGUAUUUGUGAAAAAGAUGGCAGUCCUCCAAAACCAAUAAUGGAGAUCCUCUCUGUGCUUUUGAGAGAUGGUCCAUACACAGAAGGAGUGUUCAGGAGAGCCGGCAAUGCCAGGUGUCUAAAGGAGAUCAGGGAACAACUUAACAAUGGAUUGGAAGUGGAUCUAAAAGAAAAGCCAGUGAUUUUACUUGCUGAUCUUCUUAAGGAAUUUCUGAGGCAUAUACCAGGCAGUUUGUUGGUAGUGGAUCAGUACCAGACCUGGAUGACAGCAAUGAAAAAGCAAGAUGUACACGAAAUGUGCACAGAGCUUCAAUUGGUGAUUGAAAAGCUUCCAGAGCCAAAUAUUCAACUCUUGAAACACCUGAUUUGUAUCCUGUACCACAUAAGUGCCAAUGCAGAGCAAAAUAAGAUGGAUUCGAACAACUUAGCAGUGUGUGUUUCACCUAAUCUGCUUCAAGUUGACAGAGUAGAGGAUGUAAAGAAUAUCUCAAACUUGACCCAAUUCAUCAUUGACAACUGCUGUGAAAUUUUUGGUGAGGACAUACUGUUGCUCUUUGAAGACCCAGAUGAUGAAGAACUCAGUGAUACCCAUGAUUCAAUAUCCUCACUCCACACCGAUUCCGCCUACGACAGCAAUGACCCUGACGUCGAUGGCUACAAAGGAAGCUACACAGACAUGCACACCUUUCAUUCUGAUUCUGAAGAGAAAACUCCAGAUCUUUUUCAAAUAUCCUCCUCCCUAAAACUUGCGGCUAGCCAGACCAGCAAACCUUUCAUACGCAGGUGUUCUGAGCCAACAAUUGUUGUUAACAAAGGUGCCCGAAACCUGCCUGUCCUAAGCAGGAGUCAAACAGAGACAGACUUUUAUGGACAGCAGUUAACAAAACAGACCUCAGAUGAGUGCUCAUGCUGCUCCACGAGUUCCUUGGAAAGCACCUUGUCCAGCACCUCAGAGAGCAUCCAAACCAGCUCUCCCAUUAUUUCACCAUCCAGACAGAGACAGUCCCUUCAGCGCAAACAGUCCCUUCCUCAUCGUCAAAUUCAGCAUGGGAACGCUUUUGGCGAGGUCACUAAGAAACGCUCCCAAUCCAUGAAGAACCCAAACAGUCGAAUUGCCUUUUCUCGAGGUGGUGCCAGCAAAAGAGCUCAGAAGGUAUUACGCCAAAGCCAGACUCUCCCUGAUGUGCUUCCUUUCAACAAGACUUUCCUUAAGCAACAAAAGCCACAAAGGGUGUCAAGUGUAGAAGUGUUUCAGGUGGACAGCAGGAUCCUGAGUGAUCCUCCAUCCUACAGGCAGGCGAUUCAGGUUGUUCCUCAUACUACUUUUGCACUUAGUAGUUCAAUGACUGUUGAGGCUGCCAGGUGUCUAUCAAAGGACACAUGCAGUCAGACCACAUUCCUGAGUGCAGAGCCAUCAAAUUUUUGUUUGGUGAGAAAUUGUAGUGAUGUUCAUAGUUGUAGGGGUGGAGAGAAGAGUCAUGAUUUGAAUGUCAGUGCUACCUCACCAGAGUCAGGACUGGGGUGCCUAUCAGAGACUAUGUAUAAAGCAUCUAACAGUAGCAUUGCACAUUGUUAUAGUCAGCAACUGUUGGAGUCAUUGAAUGUUAAAGAAUCAUAUGUAUAAGUCGAAUGGUUUUGUAUUUUGAUUGUAUAAUCUGUAGCAUAUGAAAGUAUAAUUCUUUGACAAAAUAAUAAUUAUUUUGACAAAGUAGCAUGUAUAUA